AACUCUUUUAAUCAGUCUAUAAAUUUUUAAAAAUUAGAUGUAAUAAUUUUUUUGUUAUAAAUAACGUCAAAUAAAUUGAUCAUACACUCUUUAAAAUUUGAGUCUACGAUAUGGACACCUCUUGCAUUUAUAUUUUUUUGUAAAAUCAAUUCUUGAAUUUUCUUGAAAUGACAAAUAUUUAUUUUAAAAAAUAAAAAAUUAAAGGUGUUCGAGCCAAAUGUCCAAAGUUUAGGGAAUGCACAACCAAUUUAUUAAAAUUGUUGAUAACAAACAGAUAUGGUGACUAGUUUUGUAAAUUUUAAAGUUUAAGAGGGGUUCAACCUCAAUAGCUAAAUUUAUUUUUGAGAGGUGUAUGGUCAAUUUAGGUCCUAAGAAAUUAAUUCCACUCAGAUAUUAGUGUAAUUAUUGAAAAAAGAGGAUGCCGUAUGUAAUUUGGGUAUUCUCACGGUGCCAUGUGUAACCUCCCGAAGUAAAAGAGAAACUGUGAACCGCAACGUUCUUACCAGAAUUUCAAAAAUCCAAAAGAACCGCAAAUUUAGAGUUCCUUCCAAUCCUCACUAUAAACGAAAACCAAUCACUCUCGCCGACCAUUCCUUUUCCUUGUCCCCAAAUUUAGACUCUCUCCAAGCUCCGAUUAUCCAGUUAUUAGGGUUUUCUUUUUGGUUUCGUUCCUCUUUGGUUGGAGUGGGAAGAGAAUUAGACAAUGAGCCAGAAACAAUCGUUAAUCUACAGCUUUGUGGCUCGAGGGACGGUGAUCCUGGCGGAGCACACCGAGUUCACGGGAAAUUUCACCGGCAUAGCAGCCCAAUGCCUCCAGAAGCUACCCUCCUCCAACAACAAGUUCACCUACAAUUGCGACGGUCACACCUUCAACUACCUCGUCGAGAAUGGAUACACCUACUGUGUUGUCGCAGUCGAGUCUGCUGGGAGACAAAUUCCUAUGGCUUUUCUGGAGCGUGUUAAGGAGGACUUCAGCAAGAGAUAUGGUGGAGGGAAAGCUGCAACUGCCGUUGCCAAGAGCCUGAACAAGGAGUUUGGGUCUAAAUUAAAGGGGCAUAUGCGAUACUGCUUGGAACAUCCAGAGGAGAUAAACAAGCUUGCAAAAGUGAAAGCUCAGGUUACUGAAGUCAAGGGAGUGAUGAUGGAAAACAUCGAGAAGGUUCUUGAUCGUGGAGAAAAGAUUGAGCUGCUGGUUGAUAAAACUGAGAACCUUCGCUCUCAGGCACAAGAUUUCAGGCAACAGGGGACUAAGAUCAAGAGGAAGAUGUGGUUCCACAAUAUGAAGAUAAAACUGGUUGUCUUUGGUAUCUUCGUUGCAUUGGUCCUCAUCAUAAUCCUCUCCAUCUGCCCUGGUUUCAAAUGUGCUUAUUAGGAUUGCCCUACAUGGUUAAUUAUUUCUUGUCCUUACCGACGUCAUAUCGAGCUCAAAUCUGUGUAAUCGAUCUCACUUAGUGGGAUUGAAGCUCGAUAUGUUAUCGUUUUUGUUGUUGUAUAUUCACUAACAUUAUAUGCAAAAUUCUCACACUAGGUCAUAUCCUCUCAUUCUGCUGGCCUGUACAGGGGUCCUGUAAUUUGAAUCAAUUGUAUAGGUGAUGUGGAGAGUGAGUUUCACACCUUCAAGUCGCAAAAUUUUCAUGCACGAGGCUUUGUCUUGCAUAUUACUCAAACGUUUAUUAAUGUUAAUAUUCAGACGAUUACAGGUGUGAUUAACCUUUUAUCUUCUUUA